CGACACUCCCUCAUUCCGCCGCGAGCUGGACCGACUGAAGGAUUCACCGGAACUUCAGCCCGAGCGGCUGUCACCGUUUUAAAUAGGGGUUCGGUCCAAUAUGGCGGCAGACGGAUGGAAAUACUGAUGACAGUCCGAAAGAUCGCCUCGAUUUGUACGAUGGGCGCCAAUGCCUCUGCUCUGGAAAAGGAGAUUGGACCGGAACAGUUUCCUGUUAAUGAACACUACUUUGGGCUUGUCAAUUUCGGCAACACUUGCUACUGUAACUCAGUGCUGCAGGCACUGUACUUCUGCCGGCCCUUCCGGGAGAAAGUCCUGGCCUAUAAGAUCCAGCCGCGACGAAAAGAGAGCCUGCUCACCUGCCUGGCUGACCUGUUCAACAGCAUUGCAACUCAGAAGAAGAAAGUGGGAGUGAUUCCACCAAAGAAGUUCAUCUCCAGGCUGAGGAAGGAAAAUGAGCUGUUUGACAAUUACAUGCAGCAAGAUGCUCAUGAAUUCCUCAACUACUUGCUCAACACCAUUGCAGACCUGCUACAGGAGGAGAAGAGCCAGGAAAGACAGCAGAAUGGAAAGGUAGUACAGAAUGGUGGAAGUGGAGGAGGAGGUGGAAGCGGUAGCAGCACAGGAGAGGGUGAAACGGAGGAAAAGACCCAGCAGACCUGGGUGCACGAGAUCUUCCAAGGCACACUGACCAAUGAGACACGGUGCCUGAACUGUGAAGCGGUGAGCAGUAAAGAUGAAGACUUCCUAGACCUUUCAGUGGACGUGGAGCAGAAUACCUCCAUCACACACUGUCUUAGGGGUUUCAGCAACACAGAGACCUUAUGUAGUGAAUACAAGUACUACUGUGAGCAAUGCAGAAGUAAACAGGAGGCUCAGAAAAGGAUGCGGGUGAAGAAAUUACCCAUGAUCCUUGCCCUGCACCUAAAGCGCUUUAAGUAUAUGGACCAGCUUCAUCGCUACACCAAGCUCUCUUAUCGUGUAGUCUUCCCUCUGGAACUGAGGCUCUUUAACACCUCUGGCGAUGCUACCAACCCUGAUCGAUUGUACGACCUGGUGGCUGUAGUAGUGCACUGUGGGAGUGGUCCAAAUCGAGGUCAUUAUAUCACUAUAGUGAAGAGUCAUGGUUUCUGGCUGCUGUUUGACGAUGACAUUGUAGAGAAAAUAGAUGCCCAGGCGAUGGAGGAAUUCUUCGGUUUGACAUCGGACAUCUCCAAAAACUCUGAGUCAGGGUAUAUACUCUUCUACCAGUCUAGAGACUGAGCCAGCAGGAGUGACUGACAGAAUUGGAGGGAGUGAUUUGUGAGAGACCGGAUCAGGCAGAUGGGGAGCCUUGGGCUUUGUUGACACAGCUCGGCCCCCUGCUCCAUCACCUCUCAGUCAAGUCCCUUUUCAUCCAGGCUUAUCAGUGGAGCUUUGCACCGGAGCAUCAGUCAGGCCCCAGACAGGAGCAGUUGAUGCCAGAGUGACCUGGAUACAGCACAGUAAUCACCAGGCAGAAGUAAUCGCCAUCUGGUUUACCGUCGUCUCACUCUGCUUUGUGUUCUCAGCACACACAAAAGCGCACAUGAGCUAAACAUAUGUCUUGAUGACCUGAGAAUGGACAUUGUAUAAACUUUUUUUUUUCUUUUUCCACCGCACAUAGUAAUAAGGUUCAUUUUGAUUAUCUGGUACACAUCACAUUCGUCAACGCUGGGUGGUGUGUCAUGAUUUCUGUUUUGUUUUACUGUCAUGAUCAAUCCAGAAAGCCGCUUGACAGUUCUUCACCCUCAGUUGUUCAUCUGCAGUGUCAAACAUGGCGCUUCAUGCUGUAUCAGUGUCAACCAGCUAGUUAUAAAUAUGUUGUAUGCAGAACCAGUGGCUCAUGAUUUAAUUGUAGUAGAGCUGCUCCACCUGAAUGGAUAAACCUGACCAGGUUUAAAUAAGUUUGAAGGGGAUGAGG